AUGUCGUUUCAGUUCAACUAUGCAGUACCCGGAGGCAGGAUUAGUCCCAGCAUCCUAGAAUCCGACAAGGAAUGUCCCGUCGAGGCGUUGCAGAAACAGAUCGAGACGCUUACCGCUCAGCUAAAUAGGAGGAGUAUAAAGAUAUCAAAAGCCGCAGACGGAUAUAUCAACUACUUUGAGCAAUACGCGGAAUAUGACUCCUUCUUGUGUACUGCUGAUCCACUUAACCCCUGGAUCAGUGAUACCACAGAGUACUGGGACUGUGACAAAAAUGUGAGAGACUUGCCUCCCAAGAGAGUGAAGCGAUGGGCCUUCUCGCUUGCCGAACUCAUGAGUGACCCAUCCGGACGGGACCUGUUUGCCAAAUUCCUCGAUAAAGAAUUCAGCGGCGAGAACUUAAGAGAGUUUCUCGCGGGCAACGCGCAGAAUCCCGUCAACAUAGAUUCCAAAGCCGCGAUGGCCGUCGCGAAAAACAUGCAGCAUCCCGACCUGUACACGUUUGACGAAGCAGCCGAGCACAUAUACUACCUUAUGAAGAAUGACAGCUAUGCUAGAUAUCUUCGGUCGGAAAUGUACAAAGAACUUCUAUGCGGGGCAAAAAAGAAGGGAAAAGACGAGCAGAGGACGCAUUUUAUCACCAGAGAGAGAAAGCAGGCCGAUCGCACAAAGGGUUUCCUUCUGUGAGGGCACCCACCCUCUCACUAGCUGGCUUGGACA